AUGGACAAACGCACAGUUUCUGCAACUAGAGAAAACUACGAAAAAUUAACCGAUCACUUCGAGACUAAUAAAACUUCUCCGCCUGCAUCUCCUGCGUCACCUGGUAAUAAGCUAGUCGUCACAUCUCCCUCAGCUUUGACGAGUACUUUGAUAGAUUCGACGAUAAUUAACAGAAAACAUUCCGCCUUAAUAUCACAUUGGAUUGAUAGUAAAGAAGGUGAACCGGAUCCUUAUCGAUAUUGUUAUCACGACUUCAAACUUUUAUACCGAGGAACGCGAGAUGGAUUCGAC